AUGGGUAUCUUGUUCAAAUCACAGGAACUGUUUCGCCGGAUGGGCGCGCCAAGGUGCUUGCCGGUGGGCGUCGCCCGCAAGUCCACCAAGCAGCCCAGCCCCCGCGAUGCUGUGCAGAAGCUCACGGAUGAAGUGGAGCAGCUUUUGAGCAGUCCGAGCUCGUCUGAGUCGCCAUCAAAGAAGACCGAUGAUCUUUGGAAAGAUGUGCACAACCAUUUGCGCGCCAUCUUGAAUAUGUUGAAGGAGUUAUCUGAAACCCACGGAAAGCCAGAUGCACUUCAUGGCCGAGUCAAGGUCACGCAGGACCAGCUACGUGUUCUCGAGCAAUUCCUUGCUGCAGAUUUGCCAGUGCAGCUGCUCUCGCAGCUCAACAGCCUGGAGUUUGAAGUGCGAAAGGAUGUGAUGAAUGUCUGCUGCGCCCUCCUCUGGCCGGACCUGCCCGAAGAGGUGGCUGCCCAGGUCAUGGAUUACGUCCGGUUUCACCCAACCAUCUUCUCGAAGCUGAUGGACAGCUACGCGAACGAGGAGGCUGCCCUGUACUCGGGCGUGGUACUGCGCUCCUUCUUUCGAUACGGGCAACUGGUGGAGAGCUUUCUGACCAGUGGCAAGGUCUUCGACUUGAUCCGCUACGCCAAGCACCCCAGCAUGGAUGUCGCAGCGGAUGCGAUCUAUACACUUCGAACCGUCAUGCUCGAACACAAAGAGGUUUCAGGACCAUGGCUGCAGGCCAACUACGAAGAGUUCUUCGUUCUGUACACCCCACUCCUUCAGUGCCAGGAUUAUGUCGUGGAGCGGCAGGCAUUAACACUUCUGGCGGCCAUGCUGACGGACAGGAGUUAUCAAAGGGUUAUGAUGAGCUUCGUCAACAGCGAGCAGCACCUCAAGAUCUUCAUGAACCUGUUGCUGGCUGACUCCCAUGCCAUCCAAGCAGAAGCAUUUCAUGUGUUCAAGAUAUUCGUGGUGAACCCGCAGAAACCCGCGCGAAUUCAACAGAUCCUCGUAAAAAACAAGGACAAACUCGUUUCGCUCCUCCAAAGCCUGCACGCUGUGCGGACGGACGACACAAAUUUCGCAUGCGAUCUGGACAAGGUCAUCAAACGCCUCCUGUCCAUGACGAUGCCUCAUCCCUUGAAGCGGCCGCAUGUGAGUCAUCUGAGCAGAACCAGCAGCUCAAUCUCCGUGGCUACAACUUCAUGUGAUACGGAGAGCACAGGGUAUGAGAAUCCGUGGGACCACCUCAAGCCCACGUUGUCGCCGCCAGCGGUGCUCGCGCUCUAA